AUGACCGAACCAGCCGACAAAGACUUCGCCAACGGCGCUUCCAACGGCGACCCGACGACCCGCACCAUGACCAACGAGGAGCGCGAGGUCGCCCAAGCCGCUGCCCGCUUCGGGUACGGCCCCCUCGCCCAGAUCUCCACGACCGGCGAGCGCCUCCCCGCCUUCGGGGGUGAGUUCCAGCCCGGUCUGUACCGCCCCGUCGAGCAGCGCAAGUUCGCCAACCCGGCGCCGCUGGGUCUGUCGGCUUUCGCCCUCACCACCUUCGUCCUCAGUCUGAUCAACAUGCAAACGCGCGGGGUAACCACGCCCAAUUUGGUGGUUGCGUCGGCGUACGGGUAUGGCGGCUUCGUGCAGUUGCUCGCGGGCAUGUGGGAAAUGGCCGUCGGCAAUACGUUCGGUGCCACGGCACUCUCGUCGUACGGUGGCUUCUGGAUCUCCUACGCAAUCAUCUUCACGCCCGGCGGGUUUGAAAUCACAUCGACGAUACUCGAGAAGAACGGUUUAGCGGCGCUCCAGCACUCAGUGGGAUUCUGGCUUUUCGGUUGGUGGAUCUUCACAACCAUCCUGCUCGUGUGCACGCUCAGGUCCACCGUGGCCUUCUGCCUCGUGUUCGUCACUCUGGAUCUGGCAUUCUUGAUGCUUGGUCUUGCCCACUUCUUCCUAACCCCCGAGCUGUCGCCGAACCCUUCUCUGAUCAAGGCGGGCGGUGUCUUCGGGAUCAUCUGUGCGUUCUUGGCGUGGUACAAUGCUCUGGCGGGUAUCGCGGACACCAGCAACAGCUUCUUCAUCAUCCCCGUCAAGCACUUCCCGUGGUCGGCCAAAGCAAUGGCGGCGCGCAACAAGACCGAGCGCGAGACUGUUUAA